AUGUCGUCAGUUUCGCUUGUCCCUCGAGUGGAGCAGGACAUUAAGGCGAGCAUGGAUAGCCUGCAGAUGAAUUUCGGUUUGGACGCCAAGGUGGUCGCAGAAGUGCUCGGCACUGGGAUUCGCCACCUCGAGGAGUUUCGCUUCUUAUUCGAGAACGAGGCGGCCAUAGGUACCUGGGUGGGGAAGUUGGGCCUAGGGGACGCCACUAUGUUGCAGACCGCCCGCCUUCGUAGGGCGUGGAAGGCAACAUGCACAUACUACACCCAGGCGGAGCAAGACCGCUCUAAGGUUGCCUUGGCCGACCUCGACUCGAUUUUGGCAGACUCCGAACUUCGCACGUUGAAGGAAGCCUUUUGGAUUCGCUACAAGUUGCGCUUUCCUGCCGAAGUGCAACCCUCCGACGCAACAGUCUCCCGCAUCUCUCGGGAACUCUCCAAAAGGAUGCUCUGUAUAUAUGACGUAUGGCGAGUGCGAUCCCUACAAUUCCAAUUAGGCACCUCACAAAAGCGGCGCAAGCUGGCUGACGGCCUCUAUACCGAUGAGCCUGAAGUCGACGAGGUCGUCGCUCGGGAUGUGGACACAUACCUUCACAAGCUCCACACGCUUAUGAUCGCAUACGCGCUCAACGGGGUGCAGGUGAUCGCGGGAGUUGACCCGGCGGGAGAGAAAGCGCUGGGCGCCAACUCUUGCCAGUUCGUCGAGGCCGCAAUGCAAGUUGCUCCCGCGCAGCGGCUGGGUUGGCUUCAGCAUCGGGACGCCGAGGAGCGAGCGGAGGGACCCGGACACUCGGAGCAGAUAUUAAAGAGGGCCCACUGGUUGGCGCCAGCGCUGCCGGAGGCAGGGCCAGUUGCGCCGAAGCCCCAGCCAGUGAUCACUGAGCCAACCAAGUCUUCCUUGUUCGUCUCGGGCCCCAUGGUGGGAGGUAAGCCCACAGCCCGUGUCAUGAAAGAUGGCACCAAGCUUUGCGGUGACUACCAGAGAGGGUCCUGCAAGCAUGCACCCCCGUGCCCGAAUCGCUGCGCCGUGGUUCUCCGGGCCGAGCGCGUCUGUGGUGCGCCCAACCAUGGGGCGGCGAAGUGCAAGGCCAAGGCGAAAGCGAGGAGCCGAUUGCAUUUCUCGCCCGACUCGUUGGAGCAGCUGUUGCAAGGCUGUGCCUCUGGGGGGGCUGCCGUUGUUCAGGAGGGGGUUCCUCCAGAAACAGGCUCGGCCAGCAGUCCUUCAGCGGUUUGGCUCGAUCUUUGGUAUGACUCCUGCGUUUUUCUCGACGUGCACAAGCAUACUAGACUCCUUCGACACAACGUGGCCGAGCUCCAGCAGUGGCCUUCGGUUCGCUGCCACCACCGCCACCUGCCUCAGGGGAGUGACCCCUUGACGGAGGGGUCGCGAGGGUUUUCGCCCGUUCCCACGGCCUGCUUCGCCUUUUCGGUCCAUCGAUGGCCGUUGGUGGAGCCGGUGGGUCGGCGCGAGCAUUGGGCGGACGUUAACCCCCGAGCGCGUGCAGACUGGGCAGUGGAGCCCAUGGCUGUGUUCCUGGGUUUACGCCCACAUGAUCCGGGAAUAGACCGCCUGGUUCCACUUGGGCGAGCUGUGGGCGAGGUCGAGUUGCACGACCCGUCCUUGCCGCCAGGACACGACUGCUCCCCUUCCGAGUGGAUGCAUCUCUUUGUCGAGCACAUCAUUUGCAAUUUCUGGACAUCUCUCCCCGACUUGCAGGGUCUGGUGUGGUACGAAUUGGCCGGAGUGGAGGCAGCUGGCAGGGAGUCUGUCAUCACGGCUUUCCGCAGCCUGUUUCCUUCCUCGGCCUUCCGUGGCUUCGUCUUUCCUUUCAUCGAGGACCUGGUGAACAGUCCUCCUUUCACUCUUUUUUCUGCGGGAACAAGGGCUUCGCUGGGAUGGCGCGUUGGGUUGAUGCAGCGCACAGCGGAGGGUCAGCAAGCGGGGGCGCUUUCAGGGAGCACGGCGCUCCCCCCCCUCCUCCCCUUCGGCCUGUCCCCGGAUGAGCACUUCCGGCAGGCUUUGGCUAGGGGGGACGACCCCUUGCCUACAGAACACCCUCCGGUCUUGGACCAAGACCUCCACUUUGCGGGAGCGAUGACUGUCGGGUCUCUUGGCCGCCUUCGCGAGUUGAGGCGCGAGUGUGUCGGCCCGCUUCGGGAGUUGAAGCGUCGUUGGAGCCAUGUGGGGGACCACCUGCGUAAGCUCCAGACCCCGGCAGUCCGGAAGGUCACGGCCCAGCGGGACCUGGGCUUGCUCAGUCUCUUCGUCGUUCUGUUGUCUUGGCCGGACACCACUCUCCCUUCACACCUCUUGUUCGGCAUGCCCGCGGUCGGUACCUCUCUCCCCUGCGGAGUCUUCCCACAGCAGGGCUUCGACACAAUUCCUCUCCAUCGUCUUUUCGAGAACGUGGACUCCCACAACAAAGCUGUCCAAGGAUCUAUUCGGCCAGGCCCACACGAUGACUUUUUGCUGGAGCAAUCUACCAAGGACUUCGAAGCGGGGUUUUGUUCGGCACCGUUGUCUUGGUCGGAGCUUCUUCGCCACACCAAGGGCAAACCGAUUCGUUUGAUACCAAGGUGCGUGAUUUCUCAGGCUUCCGGGAAGCAGAGGGUGAUCGACAACGCGGACCAUGGAGGACAGAGCGAGCUAAGCUCUGACUCUAACAAGUUGGUGUUGUGCUCAGCCCUCCGCCCGGCCCAGCAUGUUUCCUUGGCAAUGCGAUGCGCCAGCCCGGCGGUCGCCCGCCGCCUGCUGGAGGAAGACCAGUGGGAAGGCGGCGGCGAAGACUGGCCGGACGCCUAUCGCCAUUGCCCUAUGGACGAGAACCAGUCCAGGGCCUGCGUGGUGGUAUGGUACCACAAGGAUUGGGCCCAGCCGGCGUACCAGGUAUAUUCCGGUCUUCUCUUUGGGCUCCCUUUGGCAGUGACCAGCUUCAAUCGGCUCAGCCGUUUCUCCGAGGCGGUGGGCCGCCGGCUCGUCUGUGUCUUGGUCUCUAUGUAUUUCGAUGAUGCGCACCUUACCGACCCGGCUUCUGCGAAGGGCUCAGCCCAGUUCGCCUUCUCCGAGGUCAACAAACUUCUGGGCUCCCCCUUCGCGGAGGCAAAGCGACAGCCGAUGAGCACAGUCGGCGACUUUCUCGGGCUGGAGUGGGACUUCCGCGACGUGGGGCGUCACCACGUCGUAAGGUUCUGGGUCCGGUCCAGGCUCCAGGCCAAGGUCGAGGGCCUUUUGUUGCAGGCUGAGCAGGAUAAUUACCUGCCGCCAGGAUUGGCGUCGAAGCUGUAUGGCAUGCUCAAUUUCCUCGAACAGGGGGUGUAUGGCCGUAUUGGCACGGGGGGCAUCGGCGCCCUCAAGGAACGCCAGUACGAGGCAGCUCGGGAGUUGACCCCAGCUGUCCGCUCGUCAUUCGAGGUUAUCCGAGCCAUCUUGGCACUGCGACCGCGUCGGUCCGUGGAGGUGCUCCCCUCCCCCUGUGCCCGAUUCGUCGCAGCUAGCGAUGCCGCGGAGGACGAACCGCGCAAGGGCACGGGCGGUUUCCUGUUGCUCUGGCCGGGCAGUGAGCCCGGCCGCGAAGCCUUCGUGGCACAGGUCGAUCGGCAUUCGUAUGAUGCCUUUCUCCCGGGGGAGGUUAAAAUCGCGCAGCUCGAGCUUUCAAUGGUCCUCUUCGCCCUCACAGCUCGGGCUUCUACCUUUCGUUCUCGUCGUGACACAUGGUAUAUUGACAACGUAGCCGCGCUUAUGGCACUCAUUCGAGGGCGUUCCGAUUCCCCCGACCUCGAGCGGCUGGCACACCUCAUUCAUGUGGCCCUCUUCUCUCUUCAAGUUUGGGUCUACUGGGAGUGGGUACCCAGUAAGUCCAACUGGUCCGACUCGAUCAGUCGAUUGGGUGCGUCGGACCCGUGGGCUGCUUCUCGCGGCUUCUGCCUUCACCACGCUCUUUUUCCUACCGAGGUGUGGUCUCUGCCUCUGGUGCCGGCCAUGCUGGUUUUCCAGUUUCUGUAG